ACCUACGAAUUUUCCCCUCAGCAACCAAAGGCGCUCUUGAUCAGCACAGCACAUCUUUCAUUGAGAUGGCAGAUACUCUACGAUUGAAUGAGAACAUUACGAAAGAGACGUUGAUGGCUUCCACGAGAUGUCACAAUCGACUCCCCCCAGACACUGCAUUUCCUGAAAUAAACGUACUAUCCGAUGGAGUUAAACAACUCUGUGCAAUAAUUUCAACCUACUCCGCCCAGAGCCAGUUCCGACUGCGACUCCUCCAUCGCCAUACCACCAUCCCUGUGGGAAAAAUACUCUUAGGCACUCGCAUAUCCGAACCGCGCGGGUAUUGGACCAGACCUACUUGCAUUUCUGAUAUCGAUUUACACAAAAUACAUGCUCACAUUAUCUUGGUGGAUGCAACCAGCCGUACAUCCGAAGGCGAGAGGAGCAGUCCGCUUCUAUUCCCCUCUGAGUUUCGCGAAGGUCCGCCAGUCAGUGCUGGAACUAUCGAUCGUAACUUCUUUCUAGAGUUUACCAACUGCCUCAAGAUCACGGGCUUGGAAAACGUUCUGGGGCUUGAGGCAAUACAAGGCCAGGCGGCGAAGAUGGUUGAGUUUUCUUUUGAUAGCGGCAGCCUUUUACUUGAAGAGGCAGAGGUGAGAGAGGAGGUAAUUGGGCAGUUCAAAUCUCAAGUAACAGGAUGGGCUGUCACGGAGGAUGGAGCCGUCGACCAGACAGGGGAGACACGGUGUGUUAUCAUAUCAGGUAGUCAUUAUAAUAUCACCAAUAGCAAGACGAAGCAUAUGUCGGACGCUAUAAAAUUCUUGAGAGAUAAACGCGUCCUGGCU